CCGAUCGGCUCGUCCGAUCAUCCGCCACGUGUCCUACCUUCGUCCCCUCCCGUCUUCCCCAUCUUCGCCUUCAUCCGACUCCUCCUCCGCUACGGAAGACGACGACGAUUGUUUAUCGCCUGUUUCUCCGUCUUCUUCUCGCUCUCCUUCUAUUACUCUGUCACCGUCGCCAUCGCCAUGAGUUUUCAUACGGAGCGAGCUCUUGACAAUUCUCUGCUGGUGCCACGGUGUUACAUCUCGGCAAUCCGACAAGUUCAUCAUCCGCGGCUCAAUUCGGACCUUCGGCGACUUGCACAAUUCUUUUGUACCCAGGGAGUGUACGCAGCCGCUGAGUUCCGAUUCGCAGGCAGUCCCCGGGCGGUUGUUUUGGCGGAGGCGGUAGCGGUUCAUCGGCGAUCGUCUCCUGUAAUCAGCCACGUGUCUACGGUUGUCGCCUUCAGCGGCGACAUCAGCACCAUCAGCCCGCUACGGCAUACGGCUAUCAAGACGGCGCUUCGGCUGCGUGGCGGAAAGGGAGUGGAGGGCGAUCUGCUCGGGUUCCUCUUCGGAUCGGUGGGGCCUGUUCAUCGCCAACUGAUCGUGCAGGAGCUGACGGUCCCCCUUGCGCAGCUGGCCGACGAUCUCCCACUUGAGAUCGUCUCGCAGAGCGACGACAACCCAGUCCCGCAUGUUCUCGCGCGGACCUUGGAACCGUAUCUUCAGUGGUCGACGUGCUUGGAGGAGCCCGGAAGCAGCCGCAACCCACCGUCACAGCGCGGUUAUCUGGACCCGCAUGAGAUCGUCGAUCUCGCCUUCUUUCAAGAUCGGACGACCUCCGAGAACGAGGAGGUAGAGAUCGAAGAGGAAGAGGAAAGCUCGGAAGAAGAAGAAGCCGAAGAAGAAGCCGAAGAAGAAGCCGACGAGGAAGAAACUCCCGAAGAAGGGAGUUACAGUGAGCAUAGCGAAGGGGGGCAAAGUGAGGAGGAGGAAGAACAAGACGACGAGGAGGAGGAAGAACAAGACAAGGAGGAGGAAGAAGAAGAAGACCAGGAGUUGGAAGAAUUAGAGUAUGAAGGACUUGAGGAGGAAGUGCGUGAUGAGGAUCGGGCGCAGGCCCAGGCGCAAAAGAGGGAAGAGAUCGCGGCUGGGAAGCGACAGUUGGAAUUCGCCAGCGUAGCCAGUCAGCCGCUCACCGACGAUCCGGCCCGGGAUCCAGAGCCACCUAAGCCCGAGGAUGGGGACCCAAUUGCCGAGACUUCGACCGCACCAGCAAGGCGGCGACGAAGCCGAUCCCCCUCCCCCUCCGCCCCCAACCGCCCACCAACUCGUCCACGUACCGAUGCGGGGCAUUGGGCUUCGUCGCCGGUCCUUAUCCCGCCUGGUGAAAGCCUGUUCAUAGACUACAUGGAUACGCUGGUCACCAGCAAGAGCGAGAUGAGACACAUCUUUGUUAUCGUGGAUAGGUUUAGUAAGUACGCUAGGUACGUUGCAAUGCCGGAGAUAGCGAAGACUGAGCAUGUGAUUAAGAUGUUCAAAGAGAACUGGGUUAGAGAUUUUGGAUUGGCAAAGUCUAUAGUCAGUGACCGUGAUAGCGGAGCCGGAGAUGGCAGCGGUAAGAGAGGCGAGCGUGGCGCAAUGGGAAGUAUGUUUGGUGAUUCGGACUUUGGAUUUGACUGCCUGCGCUCACAUACAUAUUCUGGUUCGGAGAUAACUAAUUUGACGUUGUAUUGGGAUGAGGCUCAAUUUGUUGAUGACCUCCAACAGUGUGAUCUUCGAGCAGCUCAACGCAUGCGAGAGAGGAGGUCAGCAAGGGGCAUGUCAGGUUCGUGGGCAAGGGUGGUUGCAAGUGGCAUAUCGCUUGAUGCGGGAGAUGAACGCAAAGUCGGGAAUGACGGUGGUGGGGAGGUGACGGCGGAGGGAGCGGAUGUAUUGGACAAAGCGGUUCGUGGGACCGGUGGCGGAGGUGACAAAAUUGUUAGAGGUAGUCAUCGAUGGUUUUCUGGGGCGGAAGGUGGCAGUGAGAAGGUUGGCCCAUUGGAGGAAGGAGUGAUGCGGUCCUCCGGAGGCGCGGUGGUUGCUGACUUCGGCCAUCCACCAUUUGGCGACAUUGUCGAGGAGGCGGGAGGUGGCAAUGGGAAGCCAGUGGACAAGGGGCAUGUGGUGGAGCUUGAAAGAGUUUUGGAGCUGGGUAAGGAAGAGGAAAACGUCCUCGUGGGGAAGGUCGGAGAAGGGCAUGAUGUCGCCGGAUCGGAAGGAACGGGGGAUUUCCCCUUCGCUGGAAACGAUCCGGGCGAGGGUGUUGAAGUUGAGGUUAUCGGGGGUAGUGUCGUAGCAGGUGUAAUCGAAUUGGCUGUUGUCGUCAAGGAGGUAGUUGGGGGGAAGUUGUGGCAUUGCGGGGUAAACCCCGGAGGUGACUUGGGAAUAGGUGGGACGGGGGGUGGGGAUGGUGGAGGUCAUCAUGAUGGGUUGUACAUCGAAGACGAAGCUGGAGCUAUGGCGCCACAGGAUGGAGAGAACUUUGCGAAGGUGUUCGAGGUGGGAUUUGAAGGUGGGGCUAAAGACGAGGAUAUCAUUAAGGUAGAUCACGACACAGACUUCGAGGAGGUCGCGAAAAAUGUGAUUCAUGGUGGAUUGGAAUGUGGCGGGGGCAUUGGUGAGUCCGAAGGCCAUCACGAGGAAUUCGUAGUGCCCGAAGCGAGAGCGAAAGGCGGUCUUGUGGGUGUCCUCCUCGCGGAUGCGGAUCUGGUGGAAGCCACUGCGGAGAUCAAUCUUGGUGAAAUACUUGGCUCCACGAAGGCGAUCAAGAAGCUCGGAUAUGCGAGGGAGUGGGUACUUGUUCUUGAUCGUGAUCCGGUUGAAGCAGAGGCUUGUCCAGAGGAGGGGGUGGUUUGGGGUGUGGAGGAGGGGGGUUUGGUCGUGGUGACGACCGUGAUGGCGGGGGUGUUUCCCUCGAGCGUGGUGACGCGGUCGCAUAUGGCCGACAUGUUGGCCUUUAUGUGGUCGAGAGAGGCGGUGACGAAGGUUGGGAGGGUGUUGAGUGCGUGGAGGAUGGCGAAGAGGUCGGGGGUGGCAGUGUUUGCUGGUGGUUGUUCGCCUGCGAGGUUGCGGGCGAUGCUAUCGACCAAGUCGGUGCGGAUGUCAGACAUGUUGAUGGAGGAUGCGGCCGAAGUGGAUGUGGAGGAUGCCGCAGCAGCGGUGGCAGCAGCAGCGGCGGCGGCGGCGGCGGCGGCGCGUUGGGAGUUCUUGGUUUGGCGUGGUGGCAUGUGGAGGUGGACUUGUUUGCCAUCUGAUGCCAUCGGAGGCGGAGUUGCUGCGGGUUGGGGGAGAGUGUCUGCUACAACUAGACGCCAGAAGUGCAGCAGCAGGCAGCUGAGACGUACGACAGCUGAUGUGGCGUCAGCUUCGCUGGCGGUGCUGCGUGGUCUGGACGAUGUGUUAGCUCGCCGUGAUUGCAUAAGGUGGCAUCAGAAGGAGUGGGAUGUAUUCUGCAUUCCUCGAGAGAAUGCUCUCUUCUGUUUCGAUGUCUUUAGGGUCCGGCGACCUCGACGAAGAACAUCUAAUAUUGGAGGAGCCCUAAGCGACGGCGGCGGUGCUGGUGUUCAAAGGCGAGGUUCCUUGAGGUUGAAUGGCGGGGGCGAUGGGAAGGCUAUAACGUUGGCAGACUAUUAUGUGAUGACUGGUAGGGAAGUAGAGGAGGUCCAGGAAGAACGGGAAAGGCCGCUGGAAAGUAAUGGCGAGGUGCAAGUUGCGGAGAAGGGGAAAAGAAGCCGCAGACGGAGGAAGAGCAGGACGAAGGAUGCUGAUGACAACGAAGGAUUGCCGAAUGGGCAACAGGGUGGUGCUUUGACCGAGGAGGGAGGCACCAGCAAACGGUGGAUGGGAGAGGGAGGUGGAAAUCAACUGACAGACAGAGAAGAGGCUGGUGCUGGCGAGGCGGAGAUGGUGGAAAUGGGGGAGAAUGACGUUGCAGUCAGCCAGAGUGAGAACGAGAUGAUCCAGUUGGAGACGCGUGGGCGGCGCCGGAAAGAUCGGUCACUGAUGCUGUCAGGAGGAUCUUUUGUGGAGGUCGAGGCUGCUGAAGAGGAGGACGGGCGAUCAUCUGAGCAAGAAAUGGAACCUGCAAGUAGUGGCGAGGGCAGGACGGAGCUGCUGGGGGAAACGUUGGCAUUGCGCCCCUCGCGAAAGGGACGAGGAGGGGGAAAGAAAGCCCAAGGGCACACUGAAGGGGACUCUGUCACGGGGGGCUCUUUGGGGCUAGAUUGUGGGUAUCCUCCCGACUUUGAUUCGUCCUCAUCGUCCCUUGGAGGGGGAGGUGGGACAGAAGAUGUCUGUGGCGAAAAGAAGAGGAAGAGGAGGAGAAGAAGGAAGAAAAGGAGUUCGGCGAUCCUCCAAGAGGCUUGUGGUGCUGAUGUGGUGGCACCCGACACGGAUCUUGGGGAGAGAAACCCGAUGACGGAGGGUGAAAACCCACAGAUUUUGCAGGAGCCGCCCUCAGGCCAUGGGGGGAAGCUGAACGUUAGUCGCAGGAAAGGUCGACCAAGAAAGCUGGACACAUUGCGAGAGCUUUCCGGCGAGAUUGGUAUGGAAGGUGACAGUGUCCAGUGGUUGCUGAACCAACAUGCGGAGUCCAGGGGGAUGAUGGAGAGGCCCGAGAAAAAGAAAGAGGAUGUUGAGCGAGAGGGAGAGGAACACGGAGAGGACGAUUCGUCCCUAACUCUUGAGAACAGUGGGUGGAAGGGGAGAACAGGAAAGGCCUCAGAAAUUAGGCAACCAGGUGAACAACAGGGGUGUGCAGCCUCGGGGGGGGCUGACGCGAAUGACGAAGCUGGCAAAUUCCAUGUGGAAAUGGAUGAGCAGCAACAUGCUCGGGAGAAUGUGGGGACGCAAAGAAGGAGACGUGGGAGGAGGAGAAGUGCAUGGCUGGAGGAGGAGGAGGAGGAGAAGGUGGUAGACGUAGUGAUCAAAGAGCAGGGUCAAACCGGAAGGGUUGAGGAGCCGAGCGAGAUGGCGAGUGACAGUAGUAUGUGGAGGAGAGAGCAAACAGAGCAGGAGACGGGGCAAUGGAAGACAGAGGUGGUUUCAUCGGUGUACGGUCGCUUGGACGCGCUCACGGAGGACGAGACGGGGAAGGGGGAGGUACUGAGUCUGAGGAAAAGAAGGUCCAGGGGUGGAGCUAGGAAAUGUGAGCGUGCAGCUGGGGAAGAAUUGGAUGAGAACCCUGCUGUGGAUGUGGACGGGGAGGUUCACACGGGGAUGGCUAGCGAUGGCGAGAGGAUGAUGCUAGCGCACCAGAAGAACAAGAGGAGGGGAAGGAGGAGCAGGAAUGAAAAUGAUGGAGAACGAAGCGGGAUCGCCAUGGAUGGGGGAAAAGAGGAGAGCGAGGGGGCCAGUGGAGAGACGAAAGAUGCAGACGCUUCCGCUGGAGAAAUGCGCGAGGUGGUGAGAUCAGACGUGCGAGAGGUAGGAGCUGGUAGCGGAGAGAAACAGAUGCAAGACGGAGUGCCGGUGGAAGCGACGAUCACUCGAGAAAAGAAGAGCGGGAGGAGAAGGAGAGGAAGACGGAGAAGGCAUGAAAAGCCGUUUCCCACGUUUCCGGAGCCUUUUGAAGAAAGUCUAACUCUAUUGACUGUGCAGCAAAAAGUGGGGGGAAGAAAAGGAGGAGCUGCAGAAGGAGAAGAGAGAGGAGGAAGGGGGGCAGCAGGAGGUGCAACAGGGCAUGCAGAAAACGGCUUGGUGAAGGUGCGGUGGAUACUGCGUGGACCGUCCACAUCAAUGGUUAACAAGAGCAUUUACCUAUCCGGGAAAGGUGCCGCUCUUGGAGACUGGGACCCUUUGGCAGCGCUGCAGAUGGAGGAAGUGCAGGAUGGAGUCUGGGUAGCCGAAGCACAGGCCUUGACUCGUGCACCUGUUCUGAAGUUGCCURACCCCACUUUGCCAUUUGUUCUCACUACUGACGCCAGUCAGUAUGGCAUUAGGGCAGUCCUUCAGCAGGAUGAUGGUAAUGGUCUGAGACCUGUCGAGUUUAUGAGUAAGAAGAUCAAGACUCAGAAGCUUCAGGACUCUACCUACGAGAAAGAGCUUUAUGCUCUUGUCAGUGCCCUGAAACAUUGGAAGCACUUUCUCCUGGGCAGGCACUUCAAGAUCUUUUCUGAUCAUUCCACCCUGCAGUGGUUGAAGUCCCAGGGAGAGUUGAAUGAUAAGUUGGCACGCUACAUUCMGUUCAUUGAUUUGUUUGACUUUGAACUGAAACACAAGAAGGGCUGCUACAAUAAGGUAGCAGACGCCCUCUCUCGUAGGCCUGACUCUUUUGCGCUGGUCUCCUCUACUCACUCCUUUGGAGAGGAGGUCUGUCAGACCAUUGCUCGAUUACUGCCUCAGAAUCCGACUUAUGGACCCAUCGUCAGGAAUCUGCAAGCAGAUCCUAAUUCUGAACGUGGCUAUGCCAAGAGUCCGGACCUGCUGUACACCUACAGCAGAGGAGAGGAGCGCUUGUGCAUCCCUGAGGAUCAGCAACUGAGAACACUGCUGAUGUCAGAGCGCCACGAUGCGCGUGGACACUUUGGGUUCUUGAAGUCGUAUGUAGCCCUGCUGCAACGCUUCUUCUGGAAGGAGAUGCGGAGUGAUAUGCUGCGCUAUGUGGACACCUGUGAGCUUUGCCAAAGGAACAAGGUCCAGCGUAAACCUCCUUUGGGAUUGCUCAAACCUCUGCUCAUACCUGAUGGUCCUGCCCAGUCUGUAUCUAUUGAUUUCAUAGACUUAGGCAAGACCACCCCUCGUGGCAUGCGUCAG